AUGGAAGAGAAGAAGAAAGAGUUUAUGGAAGACCUGAAGAAGAAUCUGAAGAAGAAGGCUGAUGGACCUGACUCGAUAAAAGAGCCAACCACAUAUCUUGGUACAACAAUCUUGAAGCACAAGUUGGAUGGUGAUGAUUAUUUCACCUGGGCUAUUGGAUCUGAAGCGUAUCUACAAGAGUCGUUAAGAGUUGUCAAGAAACAAAUUGCGCCAAUGCAACUGACUUUGAAGAAAAAGGUUUGCUCAACUUUACCCACUGGAUACAAGCCGGAACUUGAUUCUACUCCUUUUGUCGAUGAUGAUACUGCUAUUCUCUACAUGCAACUCAUCGGUAUUCUGCGCUGGCUUGUGGAACUUGGGCGUAUCGAUGUCGCCGCCAAAGUGUCUAUGCUCUUGUCUUACAACACAAUGCCUCGUGAGGGUCACUUUCAUGCUGCCUUACAUAUUUUUGCCUAUUUACAGAAGCAUCCUGAUCGUGUACUUGUGAUGGAUUGUGGUUAUGCUGAUCAUCUGAGACCAUUAAAGAAAGCUGAUUACUCACAGUUCUAUGAAUUCACUAAGGAUGAACUCCCAAGUGACAUGCCCACACCUCUUGGCAAAGCGGUAGACUUUACUAUGUUUGUUGAUGCAUCUCAUACUGCUAACGUUGUUACUCGUCAAUUAAGAACAGGAGUAUUGAUCUUUGUUAACAAAGCUCCUAUUAUCUGGGAUAGAAAAAAUUAUUUCAGAAACGAAACAACACGCAAUCCGGCAGAACCAACCAGUCUGCCUUGCGUAGCGCUAGUACUGAAUUUACGUAGAAAACUUCCGAAUUUAUCACCAAGCCAACCAUUCAA